UAUCACGAUACUGAUAAUUUUGAGGACAUGAUCGGACAAUUGAACGCUCUGGCGUCAACAGCCGUGCUGCCCGCAAGAAACAUGCCCGCUAUCCGGGCGAUGACGAGUUGGGAUGGCAGCCACGGUUGGCUCGACAGAAGACCGGUCCCAAGGGGAAGAAGUGCAAGAAAAAAAAAAGACAAGCAGGAAAAAGGGCACGGAAUCGAGGAAGGGGAGAAAAGCGAAAAAGGAUCUUGUCAGAGUCGAGCAAAUCCGGAACCCUGCCGGCGACUUUCUCAAGGCAGGUGACAAGGAGCCCUGGAACAUCAUUCCGCAUGGCGCAAAGUCCCGCGCGGCCCUCGACUUGGUAAGAAGUGGCAAGAAAUGGCACCUGACACAGAUCAUCGGUAGGGCGCCGUUUUCCCAGCUCCCCCUUUCAACAGAUGCUGACCAUGCUACCAGUUUUCGUUUAGUGGAUCCCGGUUCUCUCCAUUCUCGGGUGCAUGCUUUUCAGAGCGGGUUCAAGUUCGUCUAACUCUGCGGGGAUAGGACGCAGGAGCACGAAGACAUGUGCAUCAAGGCCUCCCAGAAGAGUUCCGAUAUCAAGAUCAUGGUUCGUCCUCCAAUCCUCCACCGAGUGGCUCUUUGCUGACGCUCGCCCAGCUGAUAUCGGUCACAUGUGGCUCCCAUGGA